CUGGCAGCAGAGGUUUAAUGAGGACAGAGAGAAAGGUACAACAUGCAAUAUGAUACUUUCUCACUGUCCUCAUCCCAACCUCAAUUCCAGGGAGGGGCUGGGCCUGGUUUUGAUAACUCCAUUGCCUCAAGCUUGGCUCUUCACCAGCAGAUAGGAUAAUAACACUGUGAGAGGCCCUGAAGUCUGAAGGAGAGUCAUGGAGAACUCUGUGCUGAGUCCCACAUCCUGGGAGAAACGUCGGUCCUGGCUGCGCCAGAGUCGUCACUGGCAGACCCAGGUCCUAGAAGAGGAAGCUGCAGCUGCCCUGCAAGAUGUCCCAGAUGCUGAGCCUUCUAACCUGGAUGAUGUUUUCCAGGAAGGGAAUCCAGUCAAUAAGAUUGAAGACUGGCUGCAGGAUUGUGGGUACUCAGAGGAUUUUCUCGAGGAAGCAGGCCAGUCCAUCUAUAACGUGGCAGGGUGUCCAAGCCAUGGGACCAGCUUUGAAGAUGACUUGACCCUUGGAGCAGAGGCCACACUGUUGGCCACUGAUGGCAGACUCUUCUCCAGCUUUAAUCCCUGCAGGAGCUUCCUGGAAUCAGCUCGAUCCUGCCAGCUACUGGAUCUUGGCUGCAGUUUAGCUUCCAGCAGCAUGACUGGUGGAACCAACAAGACUAGUUCAAGCAUCUCGGAGAUUCUGGACAAGGUGCAAGAAGAUGCAGAAGAUGUCCUUUUCAGUUUGGGCUUUGGCCAGGAAGACCACAAGGACACUUCUCGGAUUCCUGCCCGAUUUUUCACCACCCCAUCCCAAGCCAAAGGGAUUGAUUUUCAGCUCUUCCUGAAGGCCCAGGUGCGGAGGAUUGAGAUGGAGGACCCUUGCCUUAUGCUGGCCAGUAGGUUUAGGCAGGUGCAAACACUGGCUGCCACUGCCGACGCCUUCUUCUGUCUUUACUCCUAUGUUUCGAAGACACCUGUCCAAAAGUUCACACCAUCCCACGUGUUCUGGAAUUGUAACCCAACCGAUGUGCCUUCCAUCAGGAUUCUGCCUCCAGAACCUGAACCCCACUCUCCCAGAGAGCGUCUCCGGAAAGCCAUCUCUAAGAUGUGCCUGUAUACAAGUCCUCGAGACAGGUUAUCACCAACCCACAGUUCUCCCCAGAGAAAUAGUUUAGACCAAGUGGUGUGGGAAGUGAUGGACAGAGUCAGAGAAGAGAAGCUGAUCCUUCAGCAAGAUACUGAGUUUGGACCAGGUCCACAAGAAGGUCCAGUGACCCCCACACUGCCCACGUCUUCCUGUCCGUGUAUCUGCUGCCUUGGAGAGGAAAUGCAACAGGCAAAGUCCACAGAGCAAGUGCUAUCACAGACUCUGGAUUCUAAUCCCAAGGCACCCUGCUGUACACAUUUGCUGCCCAUAGCAGGACUACACUGGCGUACAGACCCUGCACAGGUAAAGAGAGAUCUGUGGAGUCUGCAGGCCACCAAUAAUGAAACUUGUUUAGCCAAGGAUGAGACAUUCUGGAAAAGAAAGAGCAGAGCAAGAAAGAGCCUAUUUCAGCAGACUACCAUGGAUGGGAAGGUUAGAUCACUGGACCUGUCUGUCAUCCAGCAGAAAUGGAAGAAGAGCCCAGAGAGACCAGAACUGCCUCAAUCUCCAACCCAGCUGUUACAGGACACAUUUGACUUGGAGGAGGGCUGUACCUCAGCUUCUGCCCUCCUCACUACAGGCUUCCUGCCACAAGAGAAACUGCCAAGUCAUUCAAGUACAGUGCAAAGCAACAAUGAGGAGGACUGUUUACAGCCCAGCAGAUCCAGACAACCCAACCUGUACCAGAAAUUUGCUCUGCAAGAUUCAAGAAGCUUUCUCCACCACCACCAGAGCACAUGCUCUGACAGCUGUGACUUUAACGAAGACCCCAGUUCCCACCUCUUCUUACAGGAGGCUGUAUUGCCCCCAACAUCCAAUUCCUGCUCUCUGGCCAUAAAAACACCAGAAUUUAGUAGGAGAAAGGAAGCCUGGUGCACUGGGGAGAAGACCAAGCUGGGAGACUUGGAAUCUACAUCAUGAUGCUUUAAAAACUCCAUGCACAGCGAAAGGUGUUUGGCACCUUCUGUCAUAUUUCUGUGUGUUAGAUUCGCGACUGUGUUGAUUUUAGAAUGCAUGGCCAAUGGUAACAGGACAAAGACUUCAUUUUCUCCCAAGCUUUGACUCAACCUGUGAUGUCUAGAGGAUUUAAGAAUGGUCACAUUUGGGAAGCAAAGGAUGCUACUGGAAUUCUCUAAGAGUUCAAAUCAAAUGAGAAAGGAAAAAAAGUCUCAUCUUCAGUCUCAGAACCUUCAGUGCCACUUGAAAAGGGUUUCCUUCUGAGUUCCUGUUCAUCAGUAUAUUCUCCCAAUUAAAUUCCACGUGACCUUGCAGAAUACCAGAGGUCUGUGUUGCUGUUGUCCUUGCUGUUUAUCCUCUUAGAGGUCUUUUCUGAGGAGACGUACUUGAAGCCUUGAUUUAAGACAAGGUUUCCUUCUAUCUCAAAUUUUGUAUCUUGAUAGAAAAAAAAGAAGUGGGUUCAGGAUCCCUCUUUGGAUCAUUGUAAAAAAAAUAA